CUUAACAAAAACAGCUGUUCUAGCCGUGUUUUUUCACCCAUUUCCAGAGUGUGUUUACAAUUAUCUAAUCGUGAAUUAAAAUAAAGCCAUGUCCUGGCUUGGAAGUACAAUUCAGAAAAUCGGCAGAGCCACGCUCCUGGCAGUGCGUGGGAAAACAUUAGCUCCGGUGGCAUCAACAAGUCCCAUCGUGCGGCAGUUAUCCCAUGCCGAGCGACGAGCACGCGGUCCCACUGUGCGGCGCUAUGGCUACAAGGAAAAGAUCUUUACUGGUGGAUUACUUCCCCAUUUGGAUAAUGGACAAAAGCUGCCCAUGCCCGUGUACCGCCCGAAGAACGCCUGGUCAAAGAAACGCGCUCUAUUUGGACAAAACGACUACAUCGACAUUCUCGGCAACGACCGACUGCAUCCGGUGAAGGUCCUCUACUCACUGCCCUCCUGGUUACGAGGCGUCUCCGGAAAUGAGUACCAGGUACUGCUCCGAAAGCGCAGACUGCUCGAGAAGUCCAAGUAUCCGAUUGCACGGCCCACAAAGUGGCGGGAUAUGGAGAAGCGCAUCCUCUACCUGUACAAGUUCCUGAACCGCAAGACCAAGACGGGAUAUUCACAUCAGUAGAUCCAUUAAGAUCAAAUAAAAUGUUUUGUUUUAAUCUGA